AUGGAGCCAUCCACCAAGCCCACUCAGCCUCCCAAGGACGACCCCAUCACCGUCGAGGAGCUCAAGCAGUACGACGGAACCGAUCCCAGCAAGCCCGUCUACGUCGCCGUCAAGGGUACCGUCUUUGACGUCUCGCCCAGGCGGGAAAUGUAUAGCCCGGGAAAGGGCUACUCGGUCUUUGCCGGAAAGGACGGCUCGCGCGGCCUCGGCAUGUCCGACCUCAAGCCCGAAAACGCCGUCGCAGACUACUCGACACUCGACGACAAGCAGAUGAAGGUCCUCGACGACUGGCACGCCUACUAUACCAAGCGAUACAACAUCGUCGGCAAGGUCGCUCCUUCUUCCUAG